AAAGGCAAACAUCACAAUUGCUGUAGUGCACGAACGCGGAUAUUUUCAAAGCAACAGGAGGAACAAAGACAACUCGCACUGGAUUUGAGCUUCGACUUACCUCCCAGCCUCAUCUUAGGCUCCUGGUAUAGAUGGCGAAUACCCACGCCGUACUUGUUUUCAUGCAUUCACUCCUCCUCUUUGUUUCUGUUUCAAGCAAUACUGUGAAGCCGUUUUCCUUUCCCGGCAUAAGGAAGACGGCUUUUGUUGCGCAGCAGCCUCGCCCAUCUCGCCUGUCGCCGCUCUCAAGUCGCUCCUAUGCUCCCUCUUCUCCCGCCCUCUUCACGAUCCCACACACCAGUGGUAUCGUCAGUAUUCGAAAAGUUUCAAAUGUACGUUUUCUUACCCCACUACUUGCAUUGCCACCCGCAACUGCCCAGGACUUGGGAGGUGCCGCCCUUGUCGGAAUGGCCUCAGCAGUGUGGCUUAAGCUGUGGACAAGUCUUGCCAUUUCUGGAGCGAUAGACUCCAAAGAUUCACGUAAGCUGAUACAUUGUGGCUCAGGUCCCCUAUUUUUGUUGUGCUGGCCUUUCUUCUCCGCGGAGGGGACGGCACGACUUUUUGCCGCUGGAGUACCUUUGCUUCAGAUUGUUGCUAUGAUAGCGUCAGGAUUGGCGAAAGCGCCAAGCCCCGCGAAAAACGAUAGCGGUAUAGGAGCAGGAGAAUCAGCAAUGGGAAAGCCAAGUGGGCUUGUAGCAGCCAUUUCCCGAAGUGGAAACCCUGCCGAAGUCCUCCGUGGGCCCCUGAUCUACGUAGUCAUUCUGUUGCUCGCUACCGUCGUUUUUUGGAGGGAGAGCGUGGUGGGGCUGGUUGCUGUCGCCCAGAUGGCGGCAGGGGAUGGUAUGGCGGAUAUAGUUGGCAGACGGUGGGGUGCUCAGAAAUGGUCGUUUUCCAGCACCAAGAGCUAUGCCGGCAGCAGCGCCUUUGCCCUCUCUGGUUUCGUCGUCUCGGUCGCUCUGAUCGCUUGGUUUAACUUUUGGGGACUGGUCCCGGCAUUAACAGCGGGGGUGGCAUGCAAAGUGGCUUUGAUAAGCAUAUUAUGCGCGGCUGUCGAGCUAGUGCCGUGGGGGGACGAUAACAUAUUUGUGCCCAUGGUAGCGUCAGCGUUGGCCUCCUGGCUGCUGUAGAUAUGCCCCGGAGGAAAAGGCUUUUUGUGUGAAAUACUGCACCCUGAGGACAUCAGACAUAGAAUAAGGAUGAUAUCGUGCGUACAUAAAAGACAUUUGCCCCUUGAUUCUGAAGCAAGACGGGUGAAAAGGAAUAGAAAGUUGAAGACGCAUGAGGGCAGAAGAA